AUGGUGUUCGGCGUAAUCAUGGGCCUGGGGAUCUCCCUGCCAGUUGCUGCCGCCACAGGCGUCGGCGUUGUGACUGGUGUAGCCCAAGGCGUGUCACAUCAACAAAAGGAGAACGAAAAGGCUGCCAAUGCAAAUCCGGAAUCACGGACAACGAAGUUUUACAUCGACGUGGUUAUAGAGGACGAAGGGUCACGGUCGCGAGGGCGAGGAGAGAUACUGCACGACAGCAUAGUCGUCGUCCGCGACAACAAACUCUGGAUCGAGGCCAAGAACCGAGCUACAGGAUUACCGAGGCGUGAAGAUUCUCAUCCUUUCACCGGCUUUUAUCUCAUGUAUCCAGACGAGGAUCGCUCACCUGCGGAGAGAGGCCUUGUGACGACCAUCCAGAAAGAUCCACCUAUGCUGAAUUGGAUCUAUGUGGACAACAAUACUUUCGAGCUCAAAUAUGCAAAUCGCACAGGCAGUAUAACACACAAGGUCGGACCUUGGGACUGGACAGACGAGUUUGAGGAUUCGAGCAUGACUCUUGAUGAGUUCGAGGGUUUCUUGGCUGUGGAGGAGGACAUGUACAGGAACGAGCAAGGCCAUCCCAGAUGGGCAUUGUAUUACGACUGGAACGAUGAUGGUCUCAAAGGACGCAAAAAGGGCAGGAGAACCAUGGAAGUCAGCUUGAAGAGAAGAUUGGUGGAAAACCAAGAAAAGAACCAAUGGGGCGUGGGCAGAGAAGGCAACAUCGGAGUGACCGGGUUCAAGGCCACGAGGGAGGUGUAA